UAGGAAGGCAGCGAAGGCAGCGAGUCUAGUCUACUGGAAAUAAACUAUCUAUUCAUUUCUCACAUCAUCAAAAUGAUUCUGAAUAUCUUGUGGGUGGGGAACUUUUGAAAAAGGAACAGUUUUGGUGGAUUUGGACAACCUAUAGUCUUAUCCGUUAUUCUACGGCGUUCCUGCGUUCAACGGACCUGUUAAAUGUGGAUUAUCGACAUUGGUGAUGAUACCUCUUGUUAACUGGGAAUAGAUAAGAAGCCCAUCAACACCAGUACUUGUCCCGUAGGGAAAAAGGCAAAAGAAAGGGAUCUCUCGCUUUUAUUCAUCCUCUCGAAUCGAAUCUAACAUUUUGAGUAGAAGAGGGAUUUGUGUGAUUGUUUCUCGUGGUGGAUAAGGCACCACUUUUUUCUUCGUCUGGCCUGAGUGGCUUUUUAUCUCCUCUUCCUCAGUGUGAGGAUCCUUCUCCGGUGAGAUUCUGCUAACCCCGCGGUCCGCAUGACAUGGUUCAGUCCUGUUGCCGGUGCCGAGCCUCGAUGCAUUGGGAUUUCUCUCAGUGCCGACACCACCACCACCAAGUGAAUCUUAUUUCUAAACCCGUCUAAUAAAACGUGCCUGCUGCCCCCGAAAAAAAAACACACACCUGCCAUGACCGCCUCUUCGAACUGGGACGGAACCGGACACAUUACCGGGCAUGUUCGUACGAAAGAAUGCAGAUGUAUUAGCAGGCAUACCAGGACCGGGCCAAGGAAAGCGGAGGGAAUAGGGAUUUUUGCGUUAAUGAAGGCAGGAGUAGCAGCGCACCAUUGGAACCGGGUUCUGUUCUUGUUUAUGGGGCUACUGACAGCCUCAGCCUCAGCCUCGGCCUCAGCCUCAGCCUCAGCCUCGGUUAAGGGCACUACGGCUCAGAACUGCAGUUAUACUCUCCAGAACCCCAACGGUACGAUAGAGAGCCCUGGCUACCCGUACGGUUACCCCAACUAUGCCAACUGUACGUGGGUGAUCCUGGCAGCAGAACACAACAGGAUACAGCUGGUGUUCCAAGGUUUCGCUCUAGAGGAAGACUUUGACAUGCUGUCUGUCUACGACGGUCCGCCCAGCCCGGGGAACCUUAGGACCAGGUUGACGGGGUUCCAGCUGCCCUCGCCCAUAGUGAGCACAGGACCCAGGCUAACACUGUGGCUGCUGUCAGACUAUGCUGUCAGUGGACAAGGCUUCAAGGCCAUCUAUGAAGCUCUACCCAGUUAUACCUGUGGUAACCCAGGCCAGCUGGUCAACGGUCUUCAACAGGGCUCAACCUUUAACAUUGGAGAGAAGAUCAGGUACAGCUGCAGCCCCGGCUACGUGUUGGAGGGUCACACCACACUGUCCUGUCUGGCUACGUCUGCUGGGACCGCAGCAUGGGACUUCCCCCUGCCCUACUGCAGAGCGGAUGACGGUUGUGGGGGAACGUUACGAGGCCAGAGCGGUGUGAUCACCAGCCCCAACUACCCAGGGGAGUACAGCAACAAUGCAGACUGUACCUGGACCGUCCUGGCUGAGCCUGGAGACACCAUCGCCCUGGUCUUCUCUGACUUUACCCUGGAGGACGACUAUGACCUGCUGGAGGUCAGCGGCACAGACGGCUCCUCUCAGUGGUUCACUGGUCCUAACCUACCAUCUCCCGUACUCAGCAGUAAGAACUGGCUAAGACUACACUUUACCUCAGAUGGAAACCACAUGAGAGGAUUCAGUGCCCAGUACCAAGUGAAGAAGAUGACAGAGCUGAAGUCCAGAGGAGUCAAAAUGAUGCCCAGUAAAGACAAUCAUCACAAGAUAUCAGUGUUAUCUCAGAUGGGUGUGGCCCAGGGACAUAACAUGUGUCCAGACCCGGGGAUCCCUGACCGAGGGAGAAGAAAAGGAUCCGACUUCAGGCGGGGAACCACGGUGCACUUCUCCUGUGAUGAGGGUUAUGAGCUACAGGGCUCUAAGAGCAUCAGCUGCCUGAGAGUCACAGACAGCUACGUAGGCUGGAGCGAUGACCGACCCAUCUGCAGAGCUCCGAUGUGUGGUGGUCAGCUGAGAGGCCCUAACGGUAUCAUCGCGUCACCAAACUACCCUGUCCAGUAUGACAACAAUGCUAACUGCACCUGGUUCAUCACCGCUACAGACACCACCAAGGUGAUCAAACUGACCUUUGAGGACUUUGACCUGGAGCGUGGUUACGAUACGUUGACGGUUGGAGAUGGAGCCGUGGUUGGAGACCAGAAGACCGUCUUUCAUGUCCUAUCAGGGACCACUACUCCAGACCUGGUGGUCAGCACCAGUCAUCAGAUGUGGCUCAACUUCAAGACUGACGACACCAGUGGCUCUCUGGGCUUCAAGGUGUCUUAUGAAGAGAUUGACCAAGGCAGCUGUGGCGACCCAGGGAUACCGGCCUACGGCAAGCGGGAGGGGACAGGUUUCCACCACGGGGACAGACUCCACUUUGAGUGUCUCCCUGCCUUUGAGUUGGUGGGGAAGAAGAACAUCACCUGCCAGAAGAACAACCAGUGGUCAGCCAAGAAACCCAGCUGUGUCUUCUCGUGCUUCUUCAACUUCACAACCCCCUCUGGGGUGCUGCUGUCCCCAAACUACCCCCAGGAAUAUGGAAACAAUAUGCACUGUGUGUGGCUCAUCAUCACCAAGCCAGAGAGUAGGAUUAACCUGGCCUUCAAUGACCUCAGCAUGGAGAAGCAGUUUGACUUCCUCAGCGUCAAAGACGGUGGCAAGGCUGAGUCUCCCAUCCUGGGUACGUUCUCUGGUGACGUGCUGCCAGCUCCCAUCACCACCAGCGCCCACGUGGCACGUCUAGAGUUCCUGACCGACCACACCUACACUGACCGGGGGUUCAACAUCACCUUCACCACGUUCCGCCACAACGAGUGUCCAGACCCGGGGGUUCCAGUGAAUGGGAAGAGGUUUGGCGAGAACCUUCAGCUGGGCAGCUCCAUCUCCUUCCUGUGUGAGGAGGGCUUUGUGAAGACCCAUGGCUCCCAGACUGUCUCCUGUAUCCUGAAGGAUGGAAACGUGGUCUGGGACAACGCUGUGCCACGCUGUGAAGCUCAGUGUGGGGGUGAUCUGAAGGCUCCUAGUGGAAUCAUCCUGUCCCCUGGUUGGCCAGAGCUCUAUAAGGAGGCCCUUAACUGUGAGUGGGUCAUCGAGGCUCCGCCAGGAUACCCCAUCAAGAUCGUGUUUGAUAAGUUUCGUACUGAGGUAAACUAUGACGUGCUGGAGGUGCGUGACGGGCGGUUCCCCUCCUCGCCUCUGAUUGGUAGCUACCAGGGUACCCAGGUGCCCCAGUUCCUCAUCAGCACCUCCAACUUCCUGUUCCUCCUCUUCUCCACCGACAAAAGCCACUCGGACAUCGGCUUCCGCAUCCACUAUGAGACUCUACAGCUACAGUCAGAUCACUGUGUCGACCCUGGCAUCCCCGUCAACGGCCAACGCCAUGGCAACGACUUCUACGUGGGUGCUUUGGUAACGUUCAGCUGUGACGCCGGGUACUCCCUCAGCGACCCGGAACCCCUGGAGUGUGAACCAAACUUCCAGUGGAGUCGACCCCUGCCCAGCUGUGAUGCGUUGUGUGGAGGUUAUAUUCAGGGUAACACCGGUACCAUCCUCUCUCCUGGGUUUCCUGACUUCUAUCCUCACAACCUCAACUGCACCUGGAUGAUAGAGUCCUCCCACGGCAAAGGUGUCCAGUUCACCUUCCAUACGUUCCACCUAGAGUCUCCUCAUGACCACCUGUUGGUGACAGAGAACGGCAGCUUCCCCGAACCCCUGUGGAGACUAACGGGCUCAACACUGCCCCCCACCCUCAGUGCAGGCCUGUAUGGGAACUACACCGCUCAGAUACGCUUCCUCUCAGACUUCUCAGUCUCCUACGAGGGAUUCAACAUCACCUUCUCAGAAUAUGACCUGGAGCCCUGUGAAGACCCCGGCGUUCCUCCCUACAGUACCCGUAAGGGGUUACAGUUUGGGGUGGGGGACGCGCUCAUCUUCUCCUGUUUCCCUGGUUACCGUCUGGAGGGGCCGGCGAGGGUGACGUGUCUGGGGGGGCGGAGGAGGGUGUGGAGCUCCCCUCUGCCAAGGUGUGUUGCUGAGUGUGGAUCCUCAGUGACUGGCAUGCAGGGAGUGCUGCUGUCUCCUAACUACCCAGGUUACUAUGGGAAUCACCACGAGUGUAUCUACUCUAUACAGACCCAACCAGGCAAAGGCAUCCAGCUCCGAGCACGAGACUUCAGACUGGAGGACGAUGACAUGCUCAAAGUUUUUGAUGGUAAUAGUAACCAGGCUCGUCUGUUGGGUGUUUUCUCUGGGACUGAGCUGCAGGACAACACUCUGAACUCCACAUCCAGCUCAAUGUGGUUGGAGUUCAUCAGCAACGCAGAGAACACCAGCAAGGGCUUCCAGUUACACUUUACUAGUUUUGAUCUGUUGAAGUGUGAGGACCCAGGUGUUCCUCAGUUUGGUUAUAAGAGAGAAGAUAAGGGUCACUUCGCUGGCAGCACCGUGUGUUAUAGCUGUGACCCAGGAUACACCCUGAAGGGACCCCAGAUCCUGACCUGUUUGAGGGGGGAGAGGAGAGCCUGGGAUAGCCCCCUGCCCCAAUGUAGCCGGCUCCCAACGUUCACCUACAGGAGCCGGCUCCCAAAGUUCACCUACAAGAGCCGGCUCCCAAUGUUCACCUACAAGAGCCGGCUCCCAACGUUCACCUACAGGAGCCGGCUCCCAAAGUUCACCUACAAGAGCCGGCUCCCAAUGUUCACCUACAAGAGUCGGCUCCCAACGUUCACCUACAGGAGCCGGCUCCUAACGUUCACCUAUAGGAGCCGGCUCCCAACGUUCACCUACAGGAGCCGGCUCCCAACGUUCACCCACAAGAGCCGGCUCCCAACGUUCACCUACAAGAGCCGGCUCCCAACGUUCACCUACAGGAGCCGGCUCCCAAAGUUCACCUACAGGAGCCGGCUCCUAACGUUCACCUAUAGGAGCCGGCUCCCAACGUUCACCUACAGGAGCCGGCUCCCAACGUUCACCCACAAGAGCCGGCUCCCAACGUUCACCUACAAGAGCCGGCUCCCAACGUUCACCUACAGGAGCCGGCUCCCAACGUUCAUCUACAAGUGCCGGCUCCCAACGUUCACUUACAAGAGCCGGCUCCCAACGUUCACCUACAGGAUCCGGCUCCCAAUGUUCACCGACAAGAGCCGGCUCCCAAAGUUCACCUACAAGAGCCGGCUCCCAAUGUUCACCUACAGGAGCCAGCUCCCAACGUUCACCUACAAGAGCCGGCUCCCAACGUUCACCUACAGGAGCCGGCUCCCAACGUUUACCUACAAGAGCCGGCUCCCAACGUUCACCUACAGGAGCCGACUCCCAACGUUCACCUACAGGAGCCGGCUCUUAGAGCCGUCUUGUUCUCUCCACUUCCUGGUAUUCCAUACGGAGGAGGUUCACGAUGUGUUGCGUAUCUGGGACGGUCCCCAGGAUGGAGGGGUCCUCCUGAGGGAGCUCAGCGGAUCGACCCUUCCGCCUGACGCCCACAGUACCUUCAACGCCGUCAGCCUCCAGUUCAACACGGACUUCUUCACAUCCAAACAGGGCUUCGCUCUGCAGUUCUCUGUGUCUACUGCUACGUCAUGUAACGACCCAGGUCUGCCCGCCAACGGAACCCGCAGUGGGGACAGCAAGGAGCCCGGAGACCAUGUCCUGUUCCAGUGUGAUCCCGGUUACGUCCUUCAGGGGGCCACCAAGAUCACCUGCACAGAGAUCAACAGCCGCUUCUUCUGGGAGCCUGACCCCCCCACCUGUACAGCUCCGUGUGGGGGGAACCUGACGGGCCCCACUGGGCUGAUCCUGUCCCCAGAGUACCCUGAGCCGUACCCCCACGGACGAGAAUGCGACUGGACCGUCUCUGUCACUCCCGACUACGUCAUCGCACUCAAUUUCAACCAGUUCAGUCUGGAGCCCAGCUAUGACUUCCUCCACAUCUACGACGGUCCUGACUCCCUCCACCCUCUGUUGGGGAGUUUCUAUGGUACUGACGUCCCCGACCGCAUCGAGAGCAGUUCUAACACACUCUUCCUCGCCUUCCGCAGCGACGCAUCGCUCAGCAGCAACGGCUUCAUCCUGCAGUACACAGAGAACCCUAGAGAGUCAUGCUUUGAGCCGGGGGUGGUGAGGAACGGCACCAGGGUUGGAGCUGACUUGAAGCUGGGUUCAACCACCACCUACUACUGUGAUAGUGGAUAUACUCUGGAGGGAGACCCCACUUUGACCUGCAUCAUGGGGUCAGACAGCAAGCCCUCCUGGAACAAACAAAAACCCAUCUGCAUAGCUCUGUGUGGAGGGCAGUAUUCAGGGUUGGAGGGCGUGGUCUUGUCUCCCGGUUACCCUGGUAACUACAGCAGUGCCCGGACAUGUCUGUACGCGGUGACCGUGCCCAAAGACUACGUUGUUUUCAGCCAGUUUGCGUUCUUCCAGACGGCUCUGAACGAUGUGGUGGAGAUCCACGAUGGGGCCACGCAGCACGCCAGGGUCCUCAGCUCCCUGUCUGGAACACACACAGGUGAGUCGCUGCCAUUGGCAACGUCCAAUCAGGUUCUAAUCCGAUUCACCUCCAAAGGCCAAUCCAGCUCCAAAGGAUUCCACCUGGUGUAUCAAGCGGUGCCAAGGACCAGUGCCACCCAGUGCACUUCAGUCCCAGAGCCCAGGAACGGGAGGAGGACGGGGAAUAACUUUGCCGUGGGAGCCGUGAUCCGCUUUGAAUGUUCCCCCGGAUACGUACUGGAGGGAUCCGCCGCCAUAGAGUGUCUGACUGUCCCCAACGCCCUGGCUAACUGGAACGCAUCCAUACCCAGCUGUAUAGUACCAUGUGGUGGUAAUCUGGCCCAGCGGACCGGUACCAUCCUGUCUCCUGGUUUUCCUGAGCCCUAUCUCAACAGUCUCAACUGUGUCUGGAAGAUCACGGUCCCGGAAGGAUCAGGAAUACAGAUCCAGGUGAUCAGUUUUGUGACUGAACAGAACUGGGAUUCUCUAGAGGUGUUUGAUGGAGGAGACAACAGCGACACCAUGCUGGGGAGCUUCUCAGGAACGACGGUCCCAGCUCUCCUGAACAGCACGUCCAACCAGCUCUACCUUCACUUCUUCUCUGACAUCAGCGUGUCUGCUGCCGGCUUCAGGCUGGAAUACAAGACGGUCUCUCUGACCAGUUGUCCAGAGCCAGUGGUACCUAUGAAUGGUAUCAAGGUGGGAGAGAGACUCCAAAUGAACCACGUUGUCUCGUUCCAGUGUGAGCCAGGAUACACAUUACAGGGAACCUCUCACAUCUCCUGCAUGCCAGGGACGGUCAGGCGAUGGAAUUACCCUCCUCCACUCUGCAUCGCUCAAUGUGGAGGAAUCCAGGGGGAGAUGGAAGGCAUGAUCCUUAGCCCUGGUUUCCCUGGCAACUACCCUAGCAACAGUGACUGUACCUGGAGAAUCUACCUGGCUGUGGGAUACGGAGCCCACGUCCAGUUCUUAAACUUCUCCACCGAGGCCAACCAUGACUUCCUGGAGAUUCGGAACGGGCCCCUGGAUACCAGCACUGUGAUUGGUCGAUUUAGUGGAACGGAUGUCCCGCCCUCCCUUCUCACCACCUCCCAUGAGACCACAGUGUAUUUCCAUAGCGACCACUCCCAGAACAGGCCAGGCUUCAGGUUUGAGUACCAGGCCUAUGAGCUUAAUGAGUGUCUGGACCCAGAGCCGUUCCGUUACGGCGUGGUGGUGGGGGCAGGCUACAACGUGGGCCAGUCCAUUUCCUUUGAGUGUCUCCCCGGCUACCAGUUAAUGGGACAUUCCAUCCUGACCUGCGAACACGGGACCACACGCAACUGGGACCGCCCCUUCCCUCGCUGUGAAGUGCCUUGUGGGGGUAACAUCACGUCAGACAACGGGACUAUCUUCUCUCCUGGUUAUCCGGAGGAGUACCCCAGCUCUGCUGACUGUACCUGGCUGAUCACCGUAGCAACAGGCCUGGGUGUCAGACUCAACUUUACCCUACUGCAGGUCCAUGGGCCACAUGACUUCAUCACUGUCUGGGACGGCACCCAGGUGACAGCCAGGAAGCUAGGUGUGUUUAUGGAAGGAGAGCCCAACGAACCAGCCAGCAGCACGUCCAAUCAGAUCCUGGUGCGUUUCCGUAGCAACACAGAGAAAGGUGGACUAUUUCAAAUCAACUAUCAAGCAUAUAGACUCCAGUUCUGCCUGCCUCCCCCUAUCAUACCCAAUGCUGAGAUCUUAAUGGCCAGCAAGGAAUUAAAAUUGCCCCUGUCUCCCCUCACAGUGACGUGUCCAGUGAACGAGGUCCUAACAGCCCCUGUCUCUCCUCACAGUGACGUGUCCAGUGAACGAGGUCCUAACAGCCCGUCUCCCCUCACAGUGAACGAGGUCCUAACAGCCCCUGUCUCCCCUCACAUGACGUGUCCAGUGAACGAGGUCCUAACAGCCCCUGUCUCCCCUCACAGUGACGUGUCCAUGACGUGUCCAGUGAACGAGGUCCUUACAGCCUCCACGGGUGUCAUCAUGAGCCAGUCCCCCGGUAGCGGCUUCCCCCACUUUGAGUCCUGUUCCUGGGUGGUGAAGGUAGAGCCGGGCUACAACAUCACGUUCACAAUACAAUACUUCCAGACCAGCCGGCAGUUUGACCAACUGGAGAUCUUUGACGGUCCGUCCAGACAGAGUCCUCUCCUGGUCACUCUGAGUGGAAACUACUCCUCUCCUCUCAGCAUCACCAGCUCUAACAACAAGGUCUACCUCCACUGGUCCUUCGACCACACCACCAGCCACAAAGGCUUCCGCAUACAAUACUCAGCGUCAUACUGCAGCUCCCCUAGCAACCCUCUCAAUGGAACAGUCCACAGUCAGACAGGCACCAAGCUAGGCAGUACCCUGCGCUUCAGCUGUGACCAGGGCUUUCGUCUGAUUGGCCAGAGCAGUGCCACCUGCACCCGCACCAACCAGGGGAUCUACACAUGGAACGCACCUGUACCCCUUUGCCAAGUGAUGGCCUGUGGGAUGCCUAAACCUCCAGUCAACGGUAGUAUAGUCGGGCAGGACUUCACUCUUGGUGCCAGGGCCAUGUACCAGUGUAACCCUGGCUUCAGAUUGGCCAGUCCCCUGGCCGUGUCAGUCGUCUGUCAGUUGUCUGGGAGGUGGAGCCCCAAUGAGGCCCCGCCCCGCUGCAUACCUGUGACUUGCCCUGACAUCGGCCACGCUGCGGUGGAUCACGGGAGAUGGAGGCUGAUCUACGGGUCUCAGAGCCAGUACGACGCCAUGAUGAUGCUCAUCUGUGACCCCGGAUACUACUACAAGGGUCAGAGAAUGAUCCGUUGCCAGGCCAACAGCACCUGGGACUACCCAGAGCCCCGGCCGGCCUGCGAGAUAAUCUCCUGUGGGGACCUGGGCACUCCUCCGAAUGGUAAUAAGAUCGGGACUCUGACGGUGUUCGGAGCGACAGCCAUCUUCUCCUGUAACACAGGCUAUACGCUGGUUGGUUCCCGGGUCAGAGAGUGCAUGUCCAAUGGCCUCUGGAGUGGAUCUCAGGUCCAGUGUCUCGCGGGUCACUGCGGUACCCCAGAACCAAUAGUGAAUGGUCAGAUCAUAGGAGAGAACUAUAACUACAGAGGUAGUGUGGUCUACCAGUGUAACCCAGGAUUCAGACUCAUCGGGGUGUCUGUACGCAUCUGUGAACAGGACCACCGCUGGUCUGGGCGCACCCCUGUCUGUGUCCCAAUCACAUGCGGUCACCCGGGCAACCCUACCUUUGGCGUUACCCAGGGAACACAGUUCAACCUGAACAGCGUGGUGCACUUCCUGUGCCACUCUGGGUACAUCCUGCAGGGGGUGGUGGAGUCUCUCUGCCAGUCCAACGGACAGUGGAGCAACACCUUGCCCAAGUGUAAAAUUGUGAACUGCACAGAGCCAGGUCAUGUGGAGGACAGCGUCAGACAGGUGACGUCUGAAGGCCCUGGUCGUUACAGCUUCCAGACCACCGUGUCCUACCGCUGUAACCCUGGUUACUACCUACUGGGAACAGGCACUCUGUCCUGCCAGGGAGACGGCACCUGGGAUAGAACACUGCCCAAGUGUCUGUUGGUGUUGUGCGACCGUCCCAGCAUGCCCCCGUAUGCCCAGAUCUCCGGUGACCGUCGGACGGUGGGUUCGGUGAUUCGGUUCAGCUGCAUUGGACAGAGGACGGUGAUCGGUAACACAACACGCACGUGUCAGCUGAGUGGACAGUGGAGCGGCUCGUUACCACACUGCUCUGGAGAGUCAUCUGGUCUGGUGGGGAUUCCAGGUAUUCCCAGGGGCCACGGUAUCAGACUAGGAGAAGACUUCUGGGGCAGUGUGGUGGGGUUCAGCUGUGAACAGGGAUAUGUCCUACGAGGUUCCUUAGAGAGAACAUGCCAACCCAACAGCACCUGGGUGGGCACCCAGCCAGAGUGCCAUGUGAUCUCCUGUGGGAACCCAGGAACACCCCGUAACUCUCAGAUCCUGUCUCAUGAUGGCCUGGUGUUUUCCCGCUCCAUCACCUACACCUGUCGAGACGGUUACUACUCCAACGGACUGCUCACACGCCACUGCACGGUUAACGCCUGGACCGGGAGCAUGCCUGAGUGCACGGUGAUAAUGUGUGGAGACCCAGGUGUGCCAGCUAAUGGUUUGAGGCUGGGCAGUGACUUCACCUAUAACACCACUGUGAGUUUCCAGUGUGCCCCGGGAUUCACUAUGGAUGCUGAUCGCGCUUCAACCCUGGUCUGCACUAAGGACCGCACAUGGAACGGGACCAAGCCACAAUGCAAAGCUAUAGUGUGUACGGCCCCUCCUCCCAUCCCUAACGGCCAGGUGGUUGGAACAGACUUCACCUGGGGCAACAGCGUUAGUUACGCUUGUAACCAGGGUUACCAGCUCUCCCUGCCCACCGUGCUCAUCUGCCAGGGAAAAGGCAUCUGGAACGGAGAUAAACCACAGUGCUUCCCUGUGUUCUGUGGAGACCCAGGUGUCCCGGCCCAGGGGAGAAGGGAGGACCGUGGGUUCACCUACCUCUCCUCUGUCUCCUUCUCCUGCUCUCCUCCGUUGGUGUUGGUGGGUUCAGCCAGACGAUACUGUCAGUAUGACGGCAUCUGGAGUGGCACUCAGCCCUCCUGCAUAGAUCCCAGUCACACCACCUGCGGAGAUCCUGGAACCCCCAUGUUUGGAAACCAGAACAACACCCAAGGCUACCAGAUCAGCAGUACAGUAUUGUUCAGCUGUAGGAAGGGCUACCUGCUACAAGGCUCCACAACACGUACCUGUCUACCCAACCUGACCUGGAAUGGCUUCCAACCAGAGUGUAUAGCCCACCACUGUAGCCAGCCAGAGAUGCCCACCCAGGUGGAUGUGUCUGCCAUAGAGUUGCCGUCUCUAGGUUACACCCUGAUCUACACCUGUCAGCCAGGGUUUUACCUGGCCGAGGGGUCAGAACACAGAACCUGCCGUGGCGACGGGAGCUGGACCGGGAAGCAACCUGGCUGUGCUGCUGAUAUCCGUCCCAGUGGGAAGACAGUGGGGACAGUCCAGGAGCCACCCAACCCCAAACUACCAGUCCCGGUUGGUGUGUUUGCUAAGAACAGCCUGUGGAGAGGAUCUUAUGAGUACCUGGGGAAGAAGCAGCCUGCCAUGCUGAGCAUUACCUCCUAUGAAGCCUUCAACCAGCGAGUUAAUGGAACUCUCAUCGACCACAGUGGGGUGGAACUCAAACUGGCUGGUACCUAUAAAAGAGAGGAGUCUCAGCUCCUGCUGCAGGUGCAUCAGAUCAGAGGUCCUGUAGAGAUCUUUGUCAACAAGUUUAAGAUGGAUAACUGGGCCCUCGACGGACAUGUGUCCUACAUUGCCUCAUCUAGUUCCUUUGUGUACCAAGGAUUCGUCCGAGGAAAAGGAUUCGGACAGUUUGGCCUUCAAAGACUAGAGAGUUUAGACAGGAGCAGGGAGAACCCCCACUUCCCCCCCAACAGCAGUUCAGUUGCAGCAGCCAUCUUAGUGCCGUUCAUAGCCAUGAUCAUUGCAGGCUUCGCUCUGUACCUCUACAAACACAGGAGAAGACCUAAGGUACCGUUUAACGGCUAUGCAGGUCAUGAGAACACGAACGGUAGAGCUACGUUUGAGAACCCCAUGUACGACCGCAACAUCCAGCCCACCGACAUCCUGGCCAACGAGACAGAGUUUACAGUCAGCACAGUGUGCACGGCCGUAUAGCCACUGUUACCUCCAGAGGCCGAGGGAGUGUAAAGGCAGGAGACCCACCCAUGCCGGAGCCCCCUUUACGAGAAAGACCCUCAUCUAACUGGACAAAAGGAAAGGAAAUGAAAAGGAGAUGUUUUUAUACCGACUACAAUACAUUUAAAGAGAAGAAAAUAAGAAAACAGACAACCCUGUCGUCCCGGUGACAACAGCGUGGUCUUUACAUGGUCUCCUUGCUACUUUAAUUCUCUGAGGAAUAUCUACUCCUGUCUGCCUGGGCAGCAAGGUUGAACUACGCUGUGGCAAUGAUCCUAGAUGACCGUCUAUCUAUUUUUCUUCAAAAACUUUCAGCAGAGAUAUUGGCCUGUAGUAUACACAUAUACGCAGCUGAUACACAGGUGGCUUUGACAGGACAAGAACCAGUCAGUGUUAGCAGCUUGCUGUGUACCGACAAAACCUGGCAUGGACUAUUUCCAACUGGACCAAACUGGAUCUAACUGGACCCAACUGGACCUAACUGGACCAAACUGGACCUAACUGGAUCUAACUGGACCUAACUUGAUCUAACUGGAUCUAUGCGUCAUGAGAAAGGCACUCUGGACUGCUUGCUUUUUUGGACAAGUACUUAAUGAUUAGGCCCCAUUUUCUUCCUGACCUGUUGGUUUUCAUCGCCUCCGGAAGUUUCCUCUGAGACGUUGACACACUGUGGCUGCAGAAAGAUUAAAGUGGGAUGCGAAUAUCAGUAUUGCUUUUUUUACACUCUUCCUGUUUUAUCAAGAGGAGAUUCUGCUUGCUAAGGUCACAAUGUCAGGAGGAGAGGUUAAGAGUUAGCUCAGGAAGGCUGCUGGGAAAGUAAUUAGUGAGGAUGUUGUGUGUGUGUGUGUGUGUGUGUGUGUGUGUGUGUGUGUGUGUGUGUGUGUGUGUGUGUGUGUGUGUGUGUGUGUGUUCAUUGGCUAAAUCAGCAAUCCAAAGCAUAUCUCUUGUUUUUGACACCAAUAAAUCAAACAUAGUAUCUUAUGAACGAGCCGUCCUAGAUUCCACAGAUCACUGUAGAUAAUAUCUCUGAAGAUGACUCUAGAACACAGAUCACUGUAGAUAAUAUCUCUGACGAUGACUCUAGAACACAGAUCACUGUAGAUAAUAUCUCUGACGAUGACUCUAGAACACAGAUCACUGUAGAUAAUAUCUCUGAAGAUGACUCUAGAACACAGAGUUGUUUCUACACCAGACAGACUGAUACUGUAAUGACAGAGUAGUUUCUACACCAGACAGACUGAUACUGUAAUGACAGAGUGGUUUCUACACCAGACAGACUGAUACUGUAACGACAGAGUGGUUUCUACACCAGACAGACUGAUACUGUAACGACAGAGUGGUUUCUACACCAGACAGACUGAUACUGUAACGACAGAGUGGUUUCUACACCAGACAGACUGAUACUGUAAUGACAGAGUGGUUUCUACACCAGACAGACUGAUACUGUAACGACAGAGUGGUUUGUAACCUUCAAACCACCUCUCAAGGCCCUGAACCAACUCUACAUGGACAUACUAAAACAAAAAUAUGUUCUGAAAUGACACUGGUUGUUACAGUCUGUUCUCCCUGUGAAUGUCGUAAGGGCCAGUCACUUUGCUUACGUCAACCUAGAUCUGUCAGUGAAAGGUAGAAAUUAAGUGUCGGAUCCAUCAAUGUAGCGAGGGGCCACAGGAUGUGUUUCCAUGGAGACUCAUGGUGCUAGGAAGCACCUGUGUUUUUUUCCCAGUGUCAGAACCCAAGCAUCAAGUCGCACAGAACAGAACAUCGAUGUUGCAUUGACCAACAGAUGAUGUCGUGUCACACGGUGUUCUUCUGCGACAGCGAAGUCUACUCUUGGUUGUCAGAACCCAAGCAUCAAGUCGGUUGGUUGCCACUCUCUCUUGGACUGACCUGCAGAGAUGGUAUAGGAACUGGCAAUGACUCACCAGUCACCAUGCUUGCUGAUAGAAACAAGAAUAAUGACUACUCAACUGGUCAAUCUGUAAUAUCAAUGAACCUGGACGCUAGGACAUGAUCAAUGAACCAGGAUGCUAGGACAUGAUCAAUGAACCAGGACGCUAGGACAUGAUCAAUGAACCAGGAGGCUAGGACAUGAUCAAUGAACCUGGACGCUAGGACAUUAUCAAUGAACCUGGAGGCUAGGACAUGAUCAAUGAACCAGGACGCUAGGACAUGAUCAAUGAACCUGGACGCUCGGACAUUAUCAAUGAACCUGGACGCUCGGACAUUAUCAAUGAACCUGGACGCUAGGACAUGAUCAAUGAACCUGGACGCUCGGACAUUAUCAAUGAACCUGGACGCUAGGACAUUAUCAAUGAGCCUGGACACUAGAGUCUAGGCUCACUCAAUAACUGGACUAGUCACCUCCUGCUCUGUUGGUCUACUCUCCUCUUCAAGAAACUCAACUCAUCUGUAUACAACUGAGGAAACAAAUCCAUCCAUUGCUUGACAGAGGUUUUCUCUCCCUUGGAUGUUAAGACAUAACAUGUCACAUCACAUCACCACAGGUACUCUUCAGCAAGCUCCCUUACAUCUCUUGAAACUUUAUCACAUUGCUCUAUUUUUUGGCCCUCGGCUCAUCAUGAAAACGUUGCUGAAGGCUCAUCAUAGCUUUGACAGCAGGGGUAUCGGUGGCUUUGCAAUUACUCCUGUGCAUCUUCAAUUGGAAAUGAUUAAUCGGAUCAUAGCAAAACAGUGUUUACGCUCCGAUUCCCCGGCUCCUGCAUCAUAAUCUCCCAAUUAUCAGGGAAGGUUCGGCGAAGGCAAGCAGCUGGGAUAUCGGCAGGCGGGACAGACGGGGAGACGACACCCGCUUUGCUUUUCAAAUGUUUCAGAUGUAAACAUCAGCAGAACAAGGACUGUGAUCGUGACAGGAAGGGGAGGGGUGAGAGGAAGGGGAGGGGUGACAGGAAGGGGAGGGGUGAGAGGAGCUGUUCUGAGAGAGUGAAUAACGUCUUGUGAUGUGAGUGAUGGAGUCAAGAUGUCAGGGAGAAGAUGAAUUAUCAGACCAGUGACACUGUGAGAUGUGUUCCCCGUAGGGAGGAAGAUGGAAUAUGGGACUGUGGUUAAAUUGGUAAAGUGUCUGUAUGUCCCCUUUGAAGACCCUG